GUUUCGCCGAGUUUGUGUGCAUAAAUUUGUGCGACAUGCGACACUGUGUGUCGAUACUGUCGAUCAGUGCAAGAAAAGAGAUUGUUCAGACUACAUAUUGGGACAAUUGGAUCCUGCUUAGUCAGAUCUCUCCAUAAUUUAUUCACGUACUCGUCCUCACGUUAAAAUCCUCUGGAUCCCUGGGGGUGCCCUGACUCCCCCAUUUCCUCAACCGUUGGAUUAGAGGCUAGGCUGACUACUUGACUAGGGCAAUUAGGCAAAGAGAAAUUUUUUAGAAGAUGGAGAAGAACAAUCAAAGUCGGGACGAAGGAUGUGAGGCUCCUCCAGAAGCAAAAAUCCCUCGUCGCUCCACAAGAAGCCAACCUGGUGACCUUGGUAGUCACAGGACGGGAAUUCACAGAGCUAUCAUGAAUGUGGAUUUCCCCACCAUUGAGAAACUUCUGAGCGAAGGCGAAACCUUCUGCACUGAAGAAGGACUGAACUGCUUCACUCUAGCUGCAUGCAAUCCCACAUCACCUGUGGCAACUUCUUGGGAACUUGUGUGCAAAAUGCUGAACAAAGAUCUCCAAGCCGGACUGUCUGCAAGGAGCGCAGAUGGUUCAACCUUGCUGAUGAUUUUUUCAAAGUAUGUUAAAAAAAUUGAAUUCCUGGUGAAUUUGGGUGCCAAUGUGAAUGAUGUGGACAACAACGGAAACACCGUUUUGAUGAGAUCUUUUAUGCAUACCUAUCCUAAAUCUCAAGCAUUCUUGAAGCUUCUGGAACUUGGUGCCAACCCCAAUGUGCCAGUAGGAAACAAACAUCCCAACAUCAUCUCGUUUAUGUUUUCCAAGCUCGUCAAGAAUUUUGAAUUUUCUCCCGAGUCUCCAAACUGCUUCAAGUACAUCAUGCAGCCAAAGUAUUUUGGAAAAAUUGAAAAAUCACAAUUUGAAAAGACCAACCCAAUAUUUGAUUACAUUGAUAUGUGCUUCAAUAUGAAAGGCAGAAUUUCUGAUGAAAUUAACAAUGUCCUAAAAGACGAGAAUUUUCCCAAGUUCAACAUGCCAAUAUUAAGCAAGGGAAGUUGGCGUUCAAGGAGAGGCAGCUCGCGUGACAAUGAAUGGAUAAUUUUGAAGCAGGCACUGAUUAUUCCGAAUGAAUUCUUGCUGGAUCCCCUGAGCUACUAUCUACUCAAGAUUGACCUGUGGCGCUGGGGUAGACUCGCACAUAAUACUGUUCAAGAUAUGAAAGUCCAGGUUGGAGUCUUUCGAGACCUUGGAUGUGUUGCUGAAAACAAUAAGAACAUUUUGCCUCCAAGUUUGGCGCUCGUCUACAAUGCAAUUCAGUCCUGUGAGUUCCAGACUAACAAUCACAACAACUACAAUGGAAAUUUGCGUAGUCUCUCUGCAAUUUUGUGUGAAUUUUGCAUUGAAGAUGAGACUUUGCGCCUCAGUGGCUCGUGGUUUCAAGUGGUAACAUUGCUGGGACCUUUUCUGGCGUUCAUGCCACAUUCCUUGGAUAUGUCAAAAUUUGCCCAGUAUAUUAUGACUGAGAUCCCAGAAAACCCCUUUGACGUUAUUACUCAAAUGAUGAUUAAUAUGCGUUUGAUGUUUUCACGCUCUCAGAGCAAAAGCAACUUUUACAUCCAAAAUUUCUGUAGCAGACCACUGCUGCUCAUUUUGAAAACAUUCCUUGGACCAAACUGCACCUUGCCCUGGGACAAACUCUUGCACAAAAAGUUUGAUGAGAAAAUUUUGACCCAAACCUUGGAAUUGCUGCAAGAAAAAGGCAUCACCACUAAAGAGAUCAAGAAAGCAAAUGUCCGAGGCAGGAUUCAAACACUUGAAACUCUGAGUCUUUGGUGUGUCAGAAGAAGAUUGUCCGAGUGUCGCAAUGAGGGCCAAAAACUUCAUGGACUCAUUUCCAAGUUAGUUGAGAGCACACCACUUCCUAAAAACCUCCAAAAUAAGCUGCAGCUUUUCAAUUGAAAAAUGUUCUCCGACAUGGGGUACUAUAAGCUAUGAAAUUGCAGAAGAUGCUGAAAUUCUAAACUUAAAUUUUUAAAUUGCAUAUAUAUAAGAUGGUAAAAAUUUGUCUUUUUUUGUGAAAUGAUACUGCACUUUAAAUUAUGUAUGUUGCGCCUGAUUUCGAUUCCACAAAUGAUUUAAAUAAAAAAAAUUCCUUGCUGGUUUUAGAAUGGCUAAAUAUUAACUUCAACGUCAGUGUCACAUUUCAAAUACUUAAAAUUUAAAAUCUUAUGACAGAAAUAUUUUAUGCAUAGAUGAAGACAAAAAUAUUACUUAUUGAGAGUUGUAUCACACAGAGCGCUCAAUUUUCUUUUUUUCUGCCAACUGGGCAUGUAGAAUUUG